AUGGUGCCUUGGCAAGCAGUCUGGCUGAGCGAGUGGGUUUCACAAUCUUUCCGUCACUCCGUCACUCCCCCUUCCGUCACUCCCCCUUCCGUCACUCCCCCUUCCGUCACUCCCCCUUCCGUCACUCCCCCUUCCGUCACUCCCCCUUCCGUCACUCCCCCUUCCGUCACUCCCCCUUCCGUCACUCCCCCUUCCGUCACUCCCCCUUCCGUCACCCCCCCUUCCGUCACUCCCCCUUCCGUCACUCCCCCUUCCGUCACUCCCCCUUCCGUCACUCCCCCUUCCGUCACUCCCCCUUCCGUCACUCCCCCUUCCGUCACUCCCCCUUCCGUCACUCCCCCUUCCGUCACUCCCCCUUCCGUCACUCCCCCUUCCGUCACUCCCCCUUCCGUCACUCCCCCUUCCGUCACUCCCCCUUCCGUCACUCCCCCUUCCAUCACUCCCCCUUCCGUCACUCCCCCUUCCGUCACUCCCCCUUCCGUCACUCCCCUUCCGUCACUCCCCCUUCCGUCACUCCCCCUUCCGUCACUCCCCCUUCCGCCACCCCCCCUUCCGUCACCCCCCCUUCCGUCACUCCCCCUUCCGUCACUCCCCCUUCCGUCACUCCCCCUUCCGUCACUCCCCCUUCCGUCACUCCCCCUUCCGUCACUCCCCCUUCCGUCACUCCCCCUUCCGUCACUCCCCCUUCCGUCACUCCCCCUUCCGUCACUCCCCCUUCCGUCACUCCCCCUUCCGUCACUCCCCCUUCCGUCACUCCCCCUUCACUCCCCCUUCCGUCACUCCCCCUUCCGUCACUCCCCCUUCCGUCACUCCCCCUUCCGUCACUCCCCCUUCCGUCACUCCCCCUUCCGUCACCCCCCCUUCCGUCACCCCCCCUUCCGUCACUCCCCCUUCCGUCACUCCCCCUUCCGUCACUCCCCCUUCCGUCACCCCCCCUUCCGUCACCCCCCCUUCCGUCACCCCCCCUUCCGUCACUCCCCCUUCCGUCACCCCCCCUUCCGUCACUCCCCCUUCCGUCACUCCCCCUUCCGUCACUCCCCCUUCCGUCACUCCCCCUUCCGUCACUCCCCCUUCCGUCACUCCCCCUUCCGUCACUCCCCCUUCCGUCACUCCCCCUUCCGUCACUCCCCCUUCCGUCACUCCCCCUUCCGUCACUCCCCCUUCCGUCACUCCCCCUUCCGUCACCCCCCUUCCGUCACCCCCCCUUCCGUCACCCCCCCUUCCGUCACUCCCCCUUCCGUCACUCCCCCUUCCGUCACUCCCCCUUCCGUCACUCCCCCUUCCGUCACUCCCCCUUCCGUCACUCCCCCUUCCGUCACCCCCCCUUCCGUCACCCCCCCUUCCGUCACCCCCCCUUCCGUCACUCCCCCUUCCGUCACCCCCCUUCCGUCACUCCCCCUUCCGUCACUCCCCCUUCCGUCACUCCCCCUUCCGUCACUCCCCCUUCCGUCACUCCCCCUUCCGUCACUCCCCCUUCCGUCACUCCCCCUUCCGUCACUCCCCCUUCCGUCACUCCCCCUUCCGUCACCCCCCCUUCCGUCACUCCCCCUUCCGUCACUCCCCCUUCCGUCACUCCCCCUUCCGUCACUCCCCCUUCCGUCACUCCCCCUUCCGUCACUCCCCCUUCCGUCACUCCCCCUUCCGUCACUCCCCCUUCCGUCACUCCCCCUUCCGUCACUCCCCCUUCCGUCACUCCCCCUUCCGUCACUCCCCCUUCCGUCACUCCCCCUUCCGUCACUCCCCCUUCCGUCACUCCCCCUUCCGUCACUCCCCCUUCACUCCCCCUUCCGUCACUCCCCCUUCCGUCACUCCCCCUUCCGUCACUCCCCUUCCGUCACUCCCCCUUCCGUCACUCCCCCUUCCGUCACCCCCCCUUCCGUCACUCCCCCUUCCGUCACUCCCCCUUCCGUCACUCCCCCUUCCGUCACUCCCCCUUCCGUCACCCCCCCUUCCGUCACUCCCCCUUCCGUCACUCCCCCUUCCGUCACUCCCCCUUCCGUCACUCCCCCUUCCGUCACUCCCCCUUCCGUCACUCCCCCUUCCGUCACUCCCCCUUCCGUCACUCCCCCUUCCGUCACUCCCCCUUCCGUCACUCCCCCUUCCGUCACUCCCCCUUCCGUCACUCCCCCUUCCGUCACUCCCCCUUCCGUCACUCCCCCUUCCGUCACUCCCCCUUCCGUCACUCCCCCUUCCGUCACUCCCCCUUCCGUCACUCCCCCUUCCGUCACCCCCCUUCCGUCACUCCCCCUUCCGUCACUCCCCCUUCCGUCACUCCCCUUCCGUCACUCCCCCUUCCGUCACUCCCCCUUCCGUCACCCCCCUUCCGUCACCCCCCUUCCGUCACCCCCCUUCCGUCACUCCCCCUUCCGUCACCCCCCCUUCCGUCACCCCCCCUUCCGUCACCCCCCCUUCCGUCACUCCCCCUUCCGUCACUCCCCCUUCCGUCACUCCCCCUUCCGUCACUCCCCCUUCCGUCACUCCCCCUUCCGUCACUCCCCCUUCCGUCACCCCCCUUCCGUCACCCCCCUUCCGUCACCCCCCCUUCCGUCACUCCCCCUUCCGUCACCCCCCCUUCCGUCACUCCCCCUUCCGUCACUCCCCCUUCCGUCACUCCCCCUUCCGUCACUCCCCCUUCCGUCACUCCCCCUUCCGUCACUCCCCCUUCCGUCACUCCCCCUUCCGUCACUCCCCCUUCCGUCACUCCCCCUUCCGUCACUCCCCCUUCCGUCACUCCCCCUUCCGUCACUCCCCCUUCCGUCACUCCCCCUUCCGUCACUCCCCCUUCCGUCACUCCCCCUUCCGUCACUCCCCCUUCCGUCACUCCCCCUUCCGUCACUCCCCCUUCCGUCACUCCCCCUUCCGUCACUCCCCCUUCCGUCACUCCCCCUUCCGUCACUCCCCCUUCCGUCACUCCCCCUUCCGUCACUCCCCCUUCCGUCACUCCCCCUUCCGUCACUCCCCCUUCCGUCACUCCCCCUUCCGUCACUCCCCCUUCCGUCACUCCCCCUUCCGUCACUCCCCCUUCCGUCACUCCCCCUUCCGUCACUCCCCCUUCCGUCACUCCCCCUUCCGUCACUCCCCCUUCCGUCACUCCCCCUUCCGUCACUCCCCCUUCCGUCACUCCCCCUUCCGUCACUCCCCCUUCCGUCACUCCCCCUUCCGUCACUCCCCCUUCCGUCACUCCCCCUUCCGUCACUCCCCCUUCCGUCACUCCCCCUUCCGUCACUCCCCCUUCCGUCACUCCCCCUUCACUCCCCCUUCCGUCACUCCCCCUUCCGUCACUCCCCCUUCCGUCACUCCCCCUUCCGUCACCCCCCUUCCGUCACUCCCCCUUCCGUCACUCCCCCUUCCGUCACUCCCCCUUCCGUCACUCCCCCUUCCGUCACUCCCCCUUCCGUCACUCCCCCUUCCGUCACUCCCCCUUCCGUCACUCCCCCUUCCGUCACUCCCCCUUCCGUCACUCCCCCUUCCGUCACUCCCCCUUCCGUCACUCCCCCUUCCGUCACUCCCCCUUCCGUCACUCCCCCUUCCGUCACUCCCCCUUCCGUCACUCCCCCUUCCGUCACUCCCCCUUCCGUCACUCCCCCUUCCGUCACUCCCCCUUCCGUCACUCCCCCUUCCGUCACUCCCCCUUCCGUCACUCCCCCUUCCGUCACUCCCCCUUCCGUCACUCCCCCUUCCGUCACUCCCCCUUCCGUCACUCCCCCUUCCGUCACUCCCCCUUCCGUCACUCCCCCUUCCGUCACUCCCCCUUCCGUCACUCCCCCUUCCGUCACUCCCCCUUCCGUCACCCCCCUUCCGUCACCCCCCCUUCCGUCACCCCCCUUCCGUCACUCCCCCUUCCGUCACCCCCCUUCCGUCACCCCCCUUCCGUCACCCCCCCUUCCGUCACUCCCCCUUCCGUCACUCCCCCUUCCGUCACUCCCCCUUCCGUCACUCCCCCUUCCGUCACUCCCCCUUCCGUCACUCCCCCUUCCGUCACUCCCCCUUCCGUCACCCCCCUUCCGUCACCCCCCUUCCGUCACCCCCCUUCCGUCACCCCCCUUCCGUCACCCCCCUUCCGUCACUCCCCCUUCCGUCACUCCCCCUUCCGUCACUCCCCCUUCCGUCACUCCCCCUUCCGUCACUCCCCCUUCCGUCACUCCCCCUUCCGUCACUCCCCCUUCCGUCACUCCCCCUUCCGUCACUCCCCCUUCCGUCACUCCCCCUUCCGUCACUCCCCCUUCCGUCACUCCCCCUUCCGUCACUCCCCCUUCCGUCACUCCCCCUUCCGUCACUCCCCCUUCCGUCACUCCCCCUUCCGUCACUCCCCCUUCCGUCACUCCCCCUUCCGUCACUCCCCCUUCCGUCACUCCCCCUUCCGUCACUCCCCCUUCCGUCACUCCCCCUUCCGUCACUCCCCCUUCCGUCACUCCCCCUUCCGUCACUCCCCCUUCCGUCACUCCCCCUUCCGUCACUCCCCCUUCCGUCACUCCCCCUUCCGUCACUCCCCCUUCCGUCACUCCCCCUUCCGUCACUCCCCCUUCCGUCACUCCCCCUUCCGUCACUCCCCCUUCCGUCACUCCCCCUUCCGUCACUCCCCCUUCCGUCACUCCCCCUUCCGUCACUCCCCCUUCCGUCACUCCCCCUUCCGUCACUCCCCCUUCCGUCACUCCCCCUUCCGUCACUCCCCCUUCCGUCACUCCCCCUUCCGUCACUCCCCCUUCCGUCACUCCCCCUUCCGUCACUCCCCCUUCCGUCACUCCCCCUUCCGUCACUCCCCCUUCCGUCACUCCCCCUUCCGUCACUCCCCCUUCCGUCACUCCCCCUUCCGUCACUCCCCCUUCCGUCACUCCCCCUUCCGUCACUCCCCCUUCCGUCACUCCCCCUUCCGUCACUCCCCCUUCCGUCACCCCCCUUCCGUCACUCCCCCUUCCGUAA